ACCACCUUCCUUUCUCUGCCGCCUUUGCAGCUGCUCUUCUGGCGGGGGUUUCUUCAGCAACCGGAGUGUUGCCUGCCCUCCCCCCCCUCCCCGCCGGCUGCUUCUUUCCAGAGUGGAAGCGCGGCGGCGGGACUGCACAGGGGAAGGUGAUAGUAACUGAUGAUUCAGCUUGGGAAAUCCUGGAGCUCUGGUAGAUAGAAUGACUGAAUGCUUGGCCUCUAAUGUGUAAAACAUUUGCAGACUCAAGGUAUUUGUCUGUGAAGAUAGCAUUCCAGUCAAAAGAGUACUGGAAGAAGCUUUGGGAGAAUUAACCAUGUGACUGAGAAGGAUUUGAUCUGCUUGUCAGAUGGUCUUUCCAAGUCAGUAGUAAUGGAACCAUUGGAUGAAGCUGAUGGACAGGAGGAACCACCAAAGACGACAGAACAAUCUCAGAAGGGCUCAAAGGAUAUUCAACAUAACUUGGUGGCCUGGUGGAAUGGACUGAGUGCAGGAGGUGUCGUUUACCUAUUUGCUCUCUCGCAGAUCUUGGUUUUCGCCUUUAUGUUUUGGAAUGAUGGCUAUGAAGUACUCCCGGCAGUUCAGAAUGCUUUUGAUGUAUUAUCUAAGGUGCUUACUCCAUUUGGACAGUUGGUUGCAGAUUCCAGCAAGGAUCUGAUCAGAAUUGGGGGCAUCACAGUGUCAUAUGUCCUGCUGUCUUUGUUUGCCUUUUGCUUGCUGCUCAUAGGAACACUGGCUUGGUAUCUUGUGAAGACCCCUCCAGAUCACCCCUUCCCACGUCAAGAGGACAGGAGGCAGUCUGUAAGUCGUCAACCUUCAUUUACCUACUCUGAAUGGGCAGAGGAUAAAAAUGAAGAAGACUUCCUUGAUUUGGACCCAGUCCCAGAGACACCAGUUUUUGACUGUGUGAUGGACAUGAAAGCAGAGACCGAUCCAACAACACUGACAGUUAAAUCUGUGGGACUGCAAGAAAGGAGGGGUUCCAAUGUUUCACUCACACUGGACAUGUGCACUCCAGGCUGUACUGAACAAGGAUUUGGUUAUAUCAUGUCUCCAAAGGAAGAAUUAGCUCAAGAAUACCUCCAGACAGCAUCAAAUGUUCUCACUGCAGAGGAACUGCACACAAAAGCAUUAGAUUCUUUUGUACUUCAGACAGAGUUUUUUGAAAUCCCAAUGAACUUUGUUGACCCAAAGGAAUAUGAUAUUCCAGGUUUGGUGCGAAAGAAUCGCUACAAAACUAUUCUCCCAAAUCCUCACAGCAGAGUGUGCCUUACAUCAGAUGAUCAAGAUGAUCCCCUGAGCUCUUACAUCAAUGCCAAUUACAUCAGGGGUUAUGGAGGAGAAGAAAAGGUGUACAUUGCUACUCAGGGACCCAUAGUUAAUACUGUCAGUGAUUUCUGGAGAAUGGUGUGGCAGGAACAUUCUCCAAUUGUGGUCAUGAUUACCAAUAUAGAAGAGAUGAAUGAGAAAUGUACAGAAUACUGGCCAGAACAUCAGGUGACCUAUGAAGGAAUUGAAAUCACAGUUAACAGAGUGAUACAAGCAGAUGAUUAUCGGUUAAGGCUUAUUACCCUAAAGACAGGUGAAGAAAUAAGGAAUCUGAAGCACUACUGGUAUACAUCCUGGCCAGACCAGAAGACUCCUGACCAAGCCCCUCCCCUCUUGCAACUGGUUCAGGAAGUAGAAGAAGCUGUGCAGUCUGCAGAAGACAAAAAUGCUCCAAUCAUUGUUCACUGCAGUGCAGGGAUUGGGAGGACUGGCUGCUUUAUUGCCACCAGCAUUUGCUGUAAACAGUUGAAAAACGAGGGUGUGGUUGACAUACUCAGAACAACCUCCCAGCUGCGGCUAGACAGGGGAGGAAUGAUCCAGACUUGUGAACAGUAUCAGUUUGUCCACCAUGUCAUGAGCUUGUAUGAAAAGCAGUUUUCAAGGGCAGCAGCUGAAGAAUGAGGAUUCCAGAUAAUUUGUUAUAACAAAAACCAAUUGAACUCUAGCCAGAAUCGUAUGUAUUCCAGAGCUGAGAAGACACACAUGGGAAUUUCAAAAUAGAAGAUAUUUAUUUAUACAUAUAUAAAUAUAUAUAUAAUUUUACUUUCAUAUUGCUUUGUUUUGCAUUUAAGAGCUAAGGUACUUCUUGUCUUCAAUAUGUGACAGGACACCAUCUUCCUCACCAAAACAAAACAAAACAAAAAAGGCCUAUUUAUACUGUAAAUAAAAUCAGUAGCUUCAUUUGUUACAGAAUUUAAAAAUAUCAUUGUCAAAUUUGCUAUUUUAAACAAAAUUAACAUGAUUGCUACUAGAUCCAAAUACAGUGUGAAACUCUUUGAUAAAUGUCUUGCUGAAAUCUGUAGCGUAUGUUGACUAAGCUUGAAAGUAACUUUUUUUCCUUUUUUCUGAUUGUUUUUACAUUUUAAACUACCGGAUACUGUGUAUAUCAUAAGAACUUCUGAGCCUCUGCAUUAAAGGAUUCAAAUUGA